CAGAAUUACAGAUAUAUGUGUGUCGUAUAUACACGCACAUAUAUAUAGGUAUGUAACACUCCUGGGGCUUUGAAUUUCGAUUCUACAAAUUGUUUGCUCGAUCACGAGCUAUAUUUGUAUUUUAUACACACACACAUAUAUAUAUAUGUGUGAAUUUUAAUUUUGUGUUUCAUUUGAUCUGUACAUAUAUGUAUAUGCACAUAUAUCGAUCUGCAAAGCCCUAACUUUCACAGGCUUGCAGAAGAUUGUAGAUUGUUGUUACAUGUAUGCACAAAUAUCGAUCUACAAACAAUCGAAUCGAAUCGAAGCCCUAACUUUCUAAGGCUAGCAGAGGAUUGAAUUUUGUUUUUUUGGAUUCGUUAGAGAGAGAAAGUGGGGGAUUUGAGAGAGAAAAUCUCAAUGGCGGAUCAAGACGAGGAGGAUUUGCGGAUGGCGUUGAGGAUGAGCAUGCAACACGAGCCACCGGAGCCGAAGAGGAGCAAACCAAGGGAAAACGCAGGCGUGGUUGGGGGUCCGGCGACGUCGCCAGAGGAGUCACCGGAGGUCAAGACUCGGAAGUUACAGCGUGAGCUGAUGGCGGCUGCGGCGGAGAAGCGGAUGAUGGAAGCCAAGAACGCUGCCUCUGUGCCUGUGCCGGUGACGGAAGGUUUGGCCUCCAAGGUCGGGAAGAGUGUGGCGGGGGCUAAGGAUGAGAAAAGUUGUGGUAGUAGAGCUGAAGAAAAAAAAGUUUUGGAGGAAUGUAAGGGGGAAAAUGGAAAUUCUGGGGAGGAACUUCCACUGGCGGAGGCAAUUCAAUUAUUUUCUAUGGUUUUCGGAGGUGAAGUGACUAGGGAUAUACUUGCACAGUGGUGUAAUCAGGGGAUUAGGUUUAGCCCUGAUCCAGAAACAUCCAUGGGCUUAGUGCAGCAUGAAGGUGGGCCAUGUGGUGUGUUGGCAGCCAUACAAGCCUUUGUUCUCAAAUACCUUCUGUUCUUUCCAGAAGAAUUAGGUGAAGUUGCACCAAACAUGGCGCGAAAUAUGGGUUCAACGAUAUUGGCUAAAACUGCAAGUGUUGCAUCGGAUUUUGCUUCUCUAGCUGAAGAUACAAAAUCAAGGGCCUUGAUCAGAAGUAUGGGUGAGAUAUUGUUUCUAUGUGGAAGUAACAAAGGGGUGGUUAUUGCAACUCUCAGUAUGUCUGACCAUGGCAUUGGUCAGUCUAAAGACAGUUCAAUGAAGGAUGAGAUCAUUGCAAACGCACUCGAAGGUGUUUCAAUUGAAUCAGCUUCUGAUUUGCAGAAAAUUUUGAAAGUUAACACAUACACCUCAAAGGCGAGUGCAUUACAAAGGCUUGAAGCAUUGAUUCCUGUCUUCCGAAGCCGUAUGGGGGCACUGCUAUUCCUUAUUUCUGCUUUACUUUCCCGAGGACUGGAUUCUGUUCAAGCUGACAGGGACGAUCCUUCUCAAUCUUUAGUCACUACUCCAUUUGGGCAUGCGUCACAGGAAAUUGUAAACCUACUGCUUUGCGGCCAGGCUGUUGCUAACGUGCUUGAUGGGAGAAUGGACCUAGGUGGUGGCAUGUUCGUUAAUGGUAUUUCCACAACUGUGGAGGUUGGAUUCCUCACUCUGCUAGAGUCCCUUAAUUUCUGUAAGGUUGGCCAAUAUCUAAAAUGCCCAAAAUGGCCAAUAUGGGUUGUUGGAAGUGAGUCUCAUUAUACAGUCCUAUUUGCGCUUGAUACCACUGUUCAAGACGAGAAUGAACUUGAAGGGAGGGAGACGCAGAUCCGAAGAGCUUUUGAUGCACAAGAUCAGAGUGGAGGUGGUGGCUUCAUUAGCGUGGAGGGCUUCCACCAAGUCCUCAAGGAAGCAAGUAUUAAUCUUCCAGCCGAGAAGCUGAAUCACCUUUGCAGCACAGGUUUUAUUGUGUGGAGUGAGUUUUGGCAGGUUCUUUUGGAUCUAGACAAGAGCUUGGGAGGCGUAAAAGAUUCAACUGGACUGAUGGGUAAGAAAGUUUUUGAUCUUUACCAUUUUAAUGGGAUUGCAAAGUCGGUUUUGAUUGGCAGCCAAGCAAACUCUGGAGGUGAGACUCCAGUGCAAAGACCUAGGCUCACAAAAUUGAGAGUUUCAGUCCCCCCAAGGUGGACUGCCGAGGAAUUCAUGGCAGAUGUAGCAGUAUCCUCUGGUUCAAGUAGGAAUGACUCGAGCGAGAAAGACACUGUUGAAGUUGCCAAACCUGAGCCCUCGCAACAUGCACCUUUGGUGGACUGCAUUAGAACUCGCUGGCCCCGUGCCACUUGCAACUGGGUUGGGGAUCCACCUAGUAUAGUCUAAAUGGUUUGCUAGUCCUGUCUGGUUUUCAUGAUGUGAACUCAAUCUUGGAUUUCAUGAUGUGAACUCAUUCUUGGAUUUCAUGAUGUGAACUCAUUCUUGGACUCAUGGAGACUGCAAAAUUCUAAAGCAAGUUCAGAUAAAGCGGGAGGGUAUUCCCUUAGUUGCUUUGAGGUCGGAGUUUUAUGAACGCGAGAAAGAAUCACUGCGUUUUUUCAGUCAGAAAUACAUGCGACGCCAUCUUCAACUGUGUAUUGUUGUAAAACUGUCAUGUCCUGCUAUGAUGUUCCAAUUCAAUUUUACUGUCCAUGUCCAAGGAAAAGAAAGGAUUCUGUGGUAUUAUUCUCGAUCCGAAACGGUAGAAAUCAAUACAUCCUUGCUGUUGAUUAGGGAAGAUUUUCCAAGUCUUAAAGAAGGUCAUUAAUAAACAUCCAAUCUGGUCUUGCAGUUUAUUGUUGUAACUGUAGAGUUUUCUGUCUUAGCUGUUCAUUUGGAAAAUAUCUCAGGUUUUGCGAGUUUAUUUAAAUAAACAUCGAAACUGUUGUAACAGUGAAAGCGUUUAUUUAUUUUUUUUUUUGCCAGCAUUCUUCACCCUUUAUAUCUUGUAAGGCCGUCAAUGAACCACUGAUACGAAGAAGUGUGAACAGUUCUUAUAAGUCUAUGGAUGAUUAAGUUCCAUUCUAUUA